CAACAAGUCUUCGAUAUUAAACGAGAAGACCGCGUGACCAAGGCUGAUCAAGAAUGUCACCGAUCGUCUCAUCGUUAUUACUGCCGGUAUUGGUGUCGAUUCUGUCGGCGACGUAUGGACAGAAUGGUAUCGGAGAUUGGCCAUGCGUAGUCAACAAUUCGCCAGGCGUAUGCAGACAUAUAAAUGAUUGCCCGCAAGUUUUUCAGGAAUUGUCAGCCGGUAAAAUGAUCAAUCUGACCUGCGAAUCUUUCGACCAUAUAGUAUGUUGCCCAACAACAAAUCCUGUGAUCACCGAAUCAACAUUGGCGCCACAACCAGAACUUACUAAACGCACGAAUACAUCGCAGCCUAUGAUAUUGGGAUCACCAGGAGAAGUAGCACUAGCAAAAUGCGCAGAGUACGCGAAUAAUUUCGGAUGCCCAAUAUUAUUUGAUCAAAAUGGCGAGAGAGUAACUUUGACAAAUUUUCCGCAUAUGGCGACCGUCGGUUUCGGCAGUUCUAAUAAUAUCCAAUGGCUUUGCGGCGGUAGCUUAAUUUCCUCCAAGAUUGUCCUGACAGCAGCCCACUGCACUUGGACAUCUAAUUGGGGAAAUGCAACCUGGGUACGUCUUGGCGAUUUAAAUUUUAUGCGGAUUAAUGACAACGCGAUGCCGCAGGCUAUGGCAAUCGCAGAAAGGAUAAGACAUCCCGACUAUAAACACCCGUCGCAAUAUCAUGACAUAGCUAUACUGCGUCUAAAGGAGGAAGCUAACUAUACUGCCCAUGUCAGACCAGCUUGUCUUCCGGUACAUUGGCCUGACUUAAGUCGGUAUUCUCAGACAAGAGCAACCGGAUGGAUUUCAAAAAGACCUAAUGACGAAGUUUAUGAUUAUUUAAUAAAGAUGACGCCCAAAAUGAUCUCCUAUGCGUCUUGCAACGCGAGUUACUUCGACGGCAGCUCCGUUGAGCUCCCAUCAGGAAUCGUCGACAACUGGCAAAUAUGUGCGGGAAAAAUCUGGGAAGAUACUGGUAGAAAAUGUGAGGGUGAUAGCGGAGGACCACUUGCCGUCGUUAACACGGACUAUAAAUGUAUGCACAACGUGAUUGGGAUCAACAGCCUCGGACGACUCUGCGGCAGCAAACCUGGCGUCUACACUCGAGUCUAUCAUUACAUUCCUUGGAUAGAAAGAUAUGCGUGGCCGGAAAAUUUUAAAGAUAUUACGAGAAGACCGCGUAAUCAAGGCUGGUCAAGGAUGGCAUCGAUCGUCUCAUCGUUAUCACCGUUCGUGUUGGUGUCGGUCCUGUCGAUGACGUACGGACAGAAUAGUGUCGGAGAGUGGAUAUGCGUGAUUGACAAUUCUACUGGCGUGUGCAGACAUAUAGAUGAUUGCCCACAAGUUGAUCAGGAACAUAAAGACGGUAAAAUGAUCAAUCACACCUGCGAGUCUCUCGACCUCAUAGUAUGUUGCCCAAUAACAAAUCCUGUGAUCACUAAAUCCAUAUCGGCGCCACAACCAGAACUUACUAAACGAACGACUACAUCGCAGCCUAUGAUUUUGAAAUCACCGGGCAAAGUAGCAAAAACAAAAUGUGAAGAAUACGCAGAUGAAUUCAAAUGCCCAAUAUCAGCCGGUAUUGGUGGCGAGAAAGCCGAUCCAAAAGAAUUUCCGUUCAUGGCGGCUGUCGGUUUCGGCGGUUCUGAUGAUAUCCAAUGGUUUUGCGGCGGUAGCUUAAUUUCCUCUAAGAUUGUUCUCACAGCAGCCCACUGCACUUGGGCACCAAAUUGGGGAAAUGCAACCUGGGUACGUAUCGGCGAUCUGAAUCUCAUUGACGAGUAUGACGAUGCGAUGCCGCAGACUAUCGCAAUAGCGGAAAGGAUAAGACAUCCCGACUAUAAACGCCCUUUGCAAUAUCACGAUAUAGCUAUACUGCGUCUGAAGGAGGAAGCUAACUAUACUGAUUAUGUCAGACCAGCUUGUCUUCCGUUUCUUUGGCGUGAUGUUCGUCGGAAUGACAGGGCAAUUGCCACUGGAUGGGGUCAAGUUGGACGUAAUUACAAAGACACUGAUGAGGAACGUUCAGAGGACUUAUUAAAGAUGACGCUCAAUUUAGUUUCCCACGCAUCUUGCAACGCGAGUUACUUCGACGGUACCAACUCUGCUGAACUCCCAUCAGGAAUCGUCGAUGAAUGGCAAAUAUGUGCUGGACAAGUCGGGGUAGAUACAUGUGAGGGUGAUAGCGGAGGACCACUUGCCCUCAUUAACGAUCACUAUCAAUGUUUGCACAACGUGGUUGGGGUCACCAGUCUCGGAAGACUUUGCGGCAGCAUUAUACCUGGCGUAUAUACUCGAGUAUACCAUUAUAUUCCCUGGAUAGAAAGAACCGCAUGGCCAGAAAAUUUUUAAUUUAUUCGACAUCUAAAUUUGUUCAUAGUUUGGAAAGAAACUCAAUAAACGGAGAUAAAUCCAAAUGAA